CGUUCAAAUAUUGUCGACGACUAUAAAAGAUCUCGGCAAUCGCUAGAACCCAAAUAGAAGCAAUUGCAAAACUAAACAUGAAACAAUUUGUGGUGCUGGCGCUCGUCUAUUGCCUGGCCUUGAGCCUGACUUGGGCUCAGCCACUGGUGCUGGAGGAGGUGGAGCAGAAGGAGGAGCAGCCACAGCAGCUAAGACUUGAGGAUGUGGAUGCUCAGCCGGUGAAUGAUGCGGAUGGCGCACGUGAGGCUCGCGGCUUCUGCUGCGGCGGUGGUUUCGGCGGCUUCGGAGGUCGUGGCUUCGGCGGUGGUUUCGGUGGUCGUGGCUUCGGCGGUGGCUUCCGACGCUUUGGCGGCGGCGGUUUCGGUGGCUUCCCGGGCGGUUACGGCGGCUACGGCGGUGGCUAUCCAGGUGGCUUCGGUGGCGGCUAUCCAGGCGGCGGCUUUGGAUCGGCCUCAGCAUCGGCCUCGGCCUCGGCCAGCUCCAGCUUUGGCAAAUAAACAUAAUUGACUUUUGAUGUAAAUCG